AUGAUUCUCAUCCAAGGAACAACCAAACUUCUGCGCCUUGGGGUCUUUCGGCAGCCGGCUGUGCAGCCUACUGUGCAGAUGGCAAGACGGCUGGCUACCAAUGCUGGUAUCAAACAAACAUUGCCGACGGAACCACUUCAACAGACGGAUCAACGAUUUCAGUCAUUUCAACUUCGUGGGAAAGUCUUUGCGGUGACUGGUGGAGGGCGCGGGCUAGGCCUAACAAUGGCGGAAGCAUUAGUGGAAGCAGGGGCAGAAGUGCAUUGUCUAGAUCGACUACCUGAGCCCCACGAAGAGUUCUAUACUGCACAAGUACGGGCCAAUCCCCAAUUUGGGGGCUCUUUGCAUUAUCACCCAUUAGAUGUUCGCGACAAAGACAGCACGAACCAGAUAAUGUCUUCGAUCGCCGACGGUAAGAACCGGCUAGAUGGCUUAGUCGCGGCGGCUGGGGUAAACCAUGUCGAGACUGCGGUUAAUCACUCCGCUGCCGAUAUUGAACGGAUAAUCAGUAUCAAUUAUACUGGUGCUUUCACAUCUGCAACUGCUGCUGCAACACAAAUGCUGAACAAGCAAUGUCGAGGAUCAAUACUACUGGUUUCCAGUAUGAGUGGGAUGAUUGCAAACAAAGGAAUGAAAUCGUCUAUCUAUAACUCAUCCAAAGCCGCUGUGAUCCAACUCACUAGAAGCUUUGCUAUGGAAUGGAGCAACAUCGAUAGGGAAGGCAGAGGGGAAUACGAGUGA